UGAGCGGAGCGGGACGGGACGGGACGGCGGGGCCCGGUCGGCGGCCCCGCGGCCAGCCGCUUUCCUGUCUUCUAGGUGGGCCCCGAGAUGUCGCUCUCGUUGAAAAUGUUGCCCUGCAAGAAGAGGAGAGCGGUGGUCGCGGGGCUGCAGAGUCUGCGGGAGCGGGGCGGUGCCGGGGAGGACGGGGAGCAGCCCGGAGGCGUCUCGGUGGCGGGCGCUGUCGACGGCAGCUCCCCCGUGAAACCGGCGGCGGGCCGGGCCGCCGGGCAGCCCCCGGGCCCGGGCUCGUGGAGGGGGCCCGGGGAGGCUUUCCUCAAGGGCGGAAAGAGGCUCCCCGCGAAGGCGGCCCCGGGUUCCGGUCAGGAAAGCGCCGACGGCCGCCCGGGCGCGAAGGAUCCGUGCUCUACCGCUGAGCACGCCGAAGACGUUAAAAACCUGGAAGGGGGCAGAGAAGGGAAAACUCCUAAACUGUAUACAGAGGUGGAAGUAAAUUUGCAGAGAGAUCCAUGUCUGACAGACAACCAGUCUGCAGCGCAGGAGUCUCCAGCGAGAAGUUCUUUGCAGCUGGCUGUUAGAAGUCCUACCAUGAUGAAGCCAUUGAAGAACACCAGAACUGAGGAGCAAGAUGGAGAAGAUAUUGAGAGAAGAAAGAGGAGGAGGAAAGCAAACAAACGGAAAAGGGAAGGGAAAGGUCAAGAAGAGGAGGGCUCUCUGUCUUGCGACAUCAAACUGGAUGAUACCCUUGAUCGCACCUUAGAAGAUGGUGCUAAGCAGCAUAACCUGACGGUUGUCAAUGUGCGAAACAUCCUACAUGAAGUGAUCACAAAUGAGCAUGUGGUUGCCAUGAUGAAAGCAGCCAUCAGUGAGACAGAAGAUAUACCUUUGUUUGAACCCAAAAUGACUCGUUCCAAACUGAAGGAAGUUGUGGAGAAAGGAGUGGUGAUUCCAACAUGGAAUAUUUCUCCAAUUAAGAAGGCAAAUGAGGUAAAGCCUCCUCAGUUUGUGGACAUUCCUCUUGAGGAAGACGAUUCAUCUGAUGAGGAAUACCAGCCUGAUGAUGAGGAUGAAGAUGAGACUGCAGAAGAGAGUUUACUGGAAAGUGAUGUAGAGAGCACUGCUUCUUCUCCUCGGGGAGCAAAACGAUCUAGGACAAGGCGAUCAUCUGAUGAAGAGGGAGGGACACUCUGUGAGGUGGAGAAGGUUACUACACCUGUUGUUAGACAUAUUAGUGCUGAAGUAGUUCCCAUGGGACCUCCACCACCUCCUAAACCAAAGCAAAGCAAAGACAGCACAUUCAUGGAAAAGCUGCAUGCAGUGGAUGAAGAACUGGCUUCAAGCCCAGUAUGCAUGGAUUCCUACCAGUCUCUGGAAGACAGCCUCAUUGCCUUCAGAACCCGAUCAAAGAGACCGCUGAAGGAUGUUCCUCUUGGUCAACUGGAGGCUGAGCUCCGAGCCCCAGAUAUCACGCCUGAUAUGUAUGAUCCCAAUACUGCAGAUGAUGAAGAAUGGAAAAGGUGGCUUGGAGGGCUCAUGAAUGAUGAUGUGGAGAAUGAAGAUGAAUUAGAUGAUGAUGAUGACCCUGAGUACAACUUCCUGGAAGAUCUGGAUGAACCAGAUACAGAAGACUUCAGAAACGAUCGUGCGGUGAGAAUUACCAAAAAGGAAGUGAAUGAACUGAUGGAGGAGCUGUUUGAGACAUUUCAGGAUGAGAUGGGUUUCUCAAACAUGGAAGAUGAAGGUCCAGAAGAUGAAGAUAAUGUUACAGAAUCACGGCCAAAUUUUAAUACACCACAGGCGCUUAGAUUUGAAGAGCCUCUGGCCAAUUUACUGAAUGAACAACACCGGACAGUGAAGGAACAACUUGAGCAGUUGAGAAUGAAAAAGUCUUCUAUCAAGCCACCACAAGAGAUAGAGAAAUCAAAACCUCACAAUGAGAAGCCUCUCCAAAGCCUUGUUCUCGACUGUACGCAAAGAAAAAGGCUCCAGCAGCAAAUGCAGCAGCAUGUUCAGCUUCUGACUCAAAUCCAUCUUCUUGCAAGUUCCAACCCUGCUUUAAGUUCAGAGGCCAGUACCACUAGGAUGUUUUUGAGUGAGCUUGGUAACUUUGCUCGAAGCUCUACACUGCUUCGUCAGUCAUUCUAUCCUAAAUUUCAAACAAUGUUCCAGCCGUGUAACUUGAAGGGAGCACUGCAGCUCAUUGAAGAUUUUCAUGCCCAAGUUCAAGUUGACUGGAGCCCUCGCAAAGCUGUGAAGAAGAGUGCCAAUGAAUUUCCAUGUUUGCCAAAGCAAGUGGCAUGGAUUUUGGCAACAAGGAGAGUCUUUAUGUAUCCAGAGUUAUUGCCAAUAUGUUCGUUGAAAGCAAACCCUCCCCGGGACAAGAUUAUCUUCACAAAAGCAGAGGACAAUUUAUUAGCUUUAGGUUUGAAACAUUUUGAAGGGACAGAGUUUCCAAAGCCUUUGAUCAGCAAAUAUCUCUUGCCAACAAAAACUGCCCACCAGCUGACAGUGCGAAUCAAGAAUCUCAAUAUGAAUCGAGCCCCUGAUAAUAUCAUCAGAUACUAUAAAAAGACAAAGCAGUUGCCCGUUCUGUUCAAGUGCUGUGAGGAAAUCCAGCCUAGUGAGUGGAAACCACCUGUGGAGAGAGAAGAACAUCGCCUGCCAUUUUGGCUAAAGGCAAGUUUGCCCUCCAUUCAGGGGGAAUUGAAGCAAUUAGCAGAAGAUGCGAGGGAGAUGCCAGGUUCACCUGAUGAAGAAUCUGUCUUUUUGGGCACAGAAAAGGAAACUUCAGACACAGAAUAUGAUGAAAAAUACCCUCUACUCAUGCCAAAGGGACUAGUACUGACCUUAAAGCCUCUUGCCAAUCGAUUCUCUAGGAGAGCAUGGAGAAGACAGAGGUCUUCAGCUCUGAAGCCUGUCCUCAUUCGACCAAGUCCUUGUCUGCAGCCCAUUUCCAACGCUAUUAACAUUCAGAAAACCAUGAAGUUAUCCCAGUCAGAGGCUCCACCCAGCAAAGUUAUGGUUCAGAUUCCUCGGUUAAUCCAACCAGCUACGGUUAUGCAGACAGUGCCAGGAGUGCAGCCUUUGAAUGUUCCAGCAGUGGUGGGAAGUGGGGAUGGCUUGGAAUUUCAGAAUGUGCUCUCUGCUUCACAUCCAGACUCCAGGCAAGCUUUCUCAGCUGCUGUACCACCAGCAUUAGUGUCUUCAAAUCCAAUAACUUUUCAGCCAAAAUUAAUGUUACCAGCUUUGGCUGGAGCAAAAAUACGCAAACCUUGUGUUCGCAAGGGAUAUCAGAAGAAAAAAGGGACAAAAUCUGCCCCACUGAUAAAGACUUCGCCUUUGAUCCAGCCAUCUCCAGUCAUCCUUACUGUACCUGCUACCACAGUGAAAGUGGUUAAUAUAGGCAAUGGUUGCAACAUGAUUCAGCCCAUAAAUACAACUGUUGGGAGAGGCACUCAGGCUAUUCCAGUUACAACCUUGUUGGUAAAUCCAUCCACUUUCCCAUGUCCAUUAAAUCAGCCUCUAGUGACUUCUUCAAUUCCUUCAUUGAUAGUUUCUCCUAACCCUGUUGGUCUUUCUGCAUCUUCCGUUGGUGAAAAUGAAGAACAACUGAAUCUGGUUCCUUCGUGCCCUGCUGGAAACAGCAAAAAUUCCUACCCCACGGUGGAGCCCAAGGCUGAACCCCAGGAGUUGUAUGCUACAUGCUCAGCUGUCUCCCCCAAGAAGGAAUGUAGUACAAAUCCUGCCACUUCAAAUAAUGGCAGUCAGGAGAUGGUAAAUAAGAAUGACUGCUGUAGCUGGGCAGUGGUAGAAGGACAAGAGAAUGCUUCAGAGCCAUUGUCUGUGGACCUUUUGCCUCAUCUAGAAGAUCCAGAUGAAACGGUGAAAAUUGAGCCUGAAGAUUCAAACGAUGCUAUCAAGGAAGUAAAUCCAGUACCGAAGAGGGAUCUUCUGUGUGCUGAGGUGAAGGAGGAAUUCAUGCUGGGUCUUGGCCAGGAGCUGAACAUGGAGGCCUGCUCAUGUCCAAAUGAGCUGAAAGAAAUUAAAAAGGAGCACGCUGUGUGUGAAGAGAAAGGAGAAGAAGAAAGACGGGCUUUGCAGUCAUCUCCCCAUGAUGAACAGCAGGUAGAUGCAGGUGGUGUUACUGGACCACAAGUAAGCAGCGAGUCUCCAAAGAAUCAUUCAUACACAGUGGAUCUCGAAGCAGAAUUUAGUAGCCCACUAGGAAGACCAGAAGAUUCAUCCAGUAUGGACGGCCAGUCUGUUGGGACACCAGCUGGCCCUGAAGCUGGAGGAGAGAGAGAAGGACAAGAGGAAGAAGACGACGAUGACUUCGAUGAUUUCACACAAGAUGAGGACGAAGAAAUGUCAUCAGCCUCAGAAGAAUCUAUUCUUUCAGUGCCAGAACUUCAGGAGACAAUGGAAAAACUUACUUGGCUUGCAACAGAGAGACGCCUAAGCCAAGAAGGAGAUUCUGAAGAAGAGAAUUCCCAGGAAGAGAACUCUGAGCCGGAGGAGGAGGAGGAGGAGGAAGGGGAAGGAAUAGAGAGUUUACAGAAAGAUGAUGAAGUUUGUGGAGACGUGUCAGAAGAACCUAAAUCAGCUUUCACAUUGACAAAGAUGGCCCCACAGGUGGAAGCCCACAGAAUACCACCAGGAGAGAAUGUGAAAGCCCCUGGGAAAAGCAGGAGUUCCCACAGAGCCAGAAAUAAGAGGGGACGGACUCGUGCCAGCAAAGACACGUCAAAGCUGCUCCUCUUGUAUGAUGAAGACAUCCUGGAGAGAGAUCCCCUGCGGGAACAGAAAGAUCUGGCAUUUGCACAAGCCUAUCUAACCAGAGUGCGUGAAGCAUUGCAGCAUGUUCCUGGAAAGUAUGAAGACUUCCUUCGUGUUAUCUAUGAAUUUGAGAUUAGCAUGGAUAAGCGAACAGCUGUGGAUCUCUAUUUCACUUUACAGAAACUGUUGCAUGACUGGCCACAGUUGCUCACAGAUUUCGCUGCUUUCCUUUUACCAGAACAAGCUUUGGAGUGUGGACUGUUUUGCAGUGUGUAUCCAUACAAAUGGAAAACAAAUGGCAAAAGAGGAGAGUUUGAAGAGCAGCAAGCAUUUGAAAAAAGCCGGAAGUUCCUCAGGCAACUGGAGAUUUGUUUUGCUGAAAAUCCUGCCCACCAUCAAAAGAUCAUCAAAGUUCUGCAGAGUUGUGUGGACUGCCUUCCGCAGGAGAUUGCAGAGCUGAAGACACAGGUGUGGCAACUGUUGAAAGGACACGACCACUUGCAGGAUGAGUUCUCAGUUUUCUUUGAUCACUUACGUCCCUCGGCCAACCGCAUGGGAGAUUUUGAGGAAAUCAACUGGACAGAAGAGAAGGAAUAUGAGUUUGAUGGGUUUGAAGAGGUGUCUUUGCCAGAUGUAGAAGAAGAGGAUGAACCACCCAAGAUGCACACAGCCUCAAAAAAUAAGAAACGUAAAGAGAUCGGAGGCCAGAACAAUGACAAGGAGGUCGAGUGGGUAGAUGGGAUGAAGGAAUGUUCAUGUUCCUGCCAUGAAGGGAGUAUCGACCUCAAGCUAAAGAAAAGCAAAAGGAGGACCUGCAGCCAUUGCAGUAGUAAGGUGUGUGAAAACAAGUUUUAUAAAAAUAAAGAUUCUCAAGAACUGACUGCUUCCCUUGUUCAACAAGAAUCAAGUCCUCAGCCUGAAGGGAAGGAUUCUGGAAUGUCUAAGGAACCUGCAGAAGAAAGCUUAGAAAACAGAGAUGAGGGAGAGGAUGUCCAGCGCAGAACAAAAACCGUAUCUAGGAAAGUGGACUCUCUCACAUCAGGAUCUCCCCUGGAAGGAGGAAUUGUCUGUGGCAGACAUAUAUCUUCAGAAAAAGCAGCAUUGCCUGAUAAUCAGGUUCAAGAAGCAGGCGUCAGUGCCGUUGUGAAUACCACAAAAGACAGCCAUUCUUUUAUCACUGGCCCUGGAUGCACUCACCUACAAAAAGCUACUGAAAACCUACCUCAAGAAACCAAAGGCAGCCCUUGCACUGCAAGAAGCGUUAGUGAGGGACUAAACCAACAACAUCAAGGAAAUGCAAAUGCUUCCCUUGGGUUGAGCAGAGAUCUGCUGUUGUCUUCUCAUUCUGCUACAAUGAAAGGUUUAACUGGACCUAGUUCCUUUUCUGGAAACAGUUUGUAUCAGACUGAAGGGCUUCACUCUGAAUCAGCAGACAAGUAUGCCAUCUUUGGUCAUUCUUCAAAGUUAAGUGCAAGAGAAUUUGAAGUACCACCUUUGCCUCUGGAAGGAAAAUCUGAAGCAAAGCAAGGCUGGAUAAUGCCAGAUAGAAAGCCAGUACUGGGUAAGAGCUGCUGCUCACAGUCCCCCAAUAAUUGUGUUUCAGAAGCAGAUGAUACGAGCUGCAUUGGAAGUUUUCCUGAGAACAGGUUAAAGUCAAAUGCAAACAACUGCUUCCAGGUGCAUCAGCAUUCUGAGGAGCUAGAGUAUAGAGUGGUUACUGCCUCCCUGGGGCAGAAGGAAGAGGAGCAGCAACAGCAGCGAGUCACAGAAGCAACCGUGUGUGCCAAGAACAGCAAAGUCAGCUCCACAGGGGAGAAGGUUGUCCUCUGGACCAGGGAAGCUGACAGAGUCAUCCUUACCACCUGCCAGGAGAAAGGAGCCCAUCUGGAAACCUUCCAUGCCAUCUCACAGAAAUUGGGCAACAAGACCGCUAGUGAGGUAUCCCACAGGUUCAGAGAGCUGAUGAAGCUGUUUCAUACAUCCUGUGAUGGGAGCUCUGAAGAUGAGGAGGAUGCAACUAGUACUAGUAAUGCAGACCAAUUGUCAGAUAAAGAUCUGCUGCUUUCUGAGGAAGAACCUGAUGACUAAGGGUUUCCUGGUUUGAUAAGCUGCUGACUGCAUCAGGAGAGCUGUUUGCCAGUUUGCUGCUAGACAGGUGCUGUGGAUAAAGGAAAAAAUGCUUUUGCAGGUACUUAAUAUGGCACCUUUUUUGGUUCACUUUCUUAGUCACUUCUGACAAGCAGCACUUCUCCAUCUGUAUCAAACUAAAGGAACAAAGAAAGCAUUAACAUCCUUCAGAAUCUAUACAGUGUACUUCAGAAACAAAAUGACAGGAGUGAUGUUUGUGGACACUGACCUCUGUCUGUUACAACAACUUCACCAUCAUACCUUUGCAGAGAACAUGUAAAUACUGUAUCAUAAGAUGUCUGUUUUCAUGUGGAACAUGAUUUUUUGUAAUUUUUUCCCUUGUGUUGAUCGUACAUGGGAAAGUUACAGAAUUCAAAUUGUAUUUAUUGUGUGGUCUUAAACUAACAUGCAAAGCACACGAGUUUGCAGAGUUUAGAAAAACAGAACACCACCAGAAGCAGCAGCUUUCCUCCUUUACAACUUCAAGUAGGGGGACAACUUAAGCCAGCCUUUGUAAUAGGGUAAAAUUAAAAGGAAGGAGCAGAGGGACCAUCUUCAAGCACCAUUUUCUUUAUUUUGAAAACAAUCUUGAAGAAUAUUCUUCCUUCCCCUAUCUCCAGUAAUAAAGAUGAGUCAGUCUGAAUCUGUUUCAUCUUCAGAUUUAUCGUCUCCAAAACCUGUCUCAUAGCAUUGUGAUAGAGUUCUUAGUGCCUCUACGGCCUCGUGGAAGUCAGCCUGUUCAACUCCUGCAGAGAAAAAGCUGGCCCAUCGUCGAGUAUUCAGCUUCUGUAGAUCCUUGUAUAAGCUGUAGAGGAGCGUGUGCAGAACAGAUGAAGACUGCAGCGAUGUUAAUACAGGAAUACUUUCAACAGCUGCAGGGAAAGAUAUCGUUGUUUAAAUACAGCGAUCAAAAUGUGUUUCCCUAGUCUAUUCUACUUAAUGAUCCUCUUGAUAAGCAGUUGCUUUACUUGAAGUCAGCAUAGCAAAAAAAAAGGCGCUUGUGACUCAUUUUUUGCCCUGCUACCUCAGAAGUGCUUUUUAAGGAAAAAAAUAAAAAUAAAUCAACACUUUAGCUCUGUUAAACCCUACUGCCCCUUUUUGUGUUACAAAGUAAGUUUAACCACACAUUACCUGCUGCAGAAUAACUGGAAGGUUUGUCCAGGAGGAAGCCUUGUCUGGUCAGAAGAGGAGAAAAAAAACGGGGAUAUGGAGGCCGGGUCAUACACGGCUGCUCAAGAACGUGGAAUGUGCUGUAAAGAAGAAACUGAAUAAAGUUACACAAAACUCUG